AAUUGACACUUGGCAUCUUCUCACGCAAUAUCAAUUCGAUUUAGGCGCUCAAAUUUUUUCCACUUUUACACCUGCUUCUUUCCCUUUUUCUUUCAUUAGCCACAUUCACAAACCCUAAUUCUAUCCCCUUUUCUUUCAUCCGUCAAUUUUCUAUAACAAGUUGGCAUCUAUUCUUCCCAGCAGUUCAGGUAAAGCUUCUACAUGCAAUUCACUAUUGAACCCUAAAUUGAUGUUUCUCAUGUCCACUUAAACCAGUGUUCCUCUUCAUCGGGUGAAAAGCAUAAAGAUUCAGAUAACACCUUUGUGAAUUAACACGGUUUCAUUACCUGUUGAGAUUCGUUGAUAAUCUAUAUGUGAUUCUGUUCGUCACGAUGUGCGUAAGGAUGAAUUUGUAGGACUAAUUAACCACUUGGAUGUAAAAAGGAAAGGGUAUAAAAAGAAACCCUCAACAAAUGAUUCUGGCUUGCCAAAUAAGAUUCAAUGCAAGAAGCUGGUUAAAGUCAUAAAGUGAUUUACUAAAUUAAUUUGGCCUUGUGUUAUAUAGUAUUUGUCGUGUGUGUGGUGUAUUUCAAACAACGUUGACUGUAAUUGUGCAAGCUUUAAAGAGGAGCUUGGAUCUGCAAAAUGAAGAGCAGAAUUAUUGAGGGAAUUCUUACUCAUAAUGAUGACAUUAGGAAUAAGGGAGAAGGUAGUUGCGGAAAACGAUCUUAUGCUACGUUUAAUUCAAAUAUGACAAUUUUGCUUCCUUUACUACUGAUGGACAAUAGAUCUCAGUUCAAAUCCUUAUCAGCUAAGCAUUUGGCUAAACGCACUGUGCAAGAUGUUGUAGGGCUUAUUGGUCUAAAACAUUUUUCGAAGGCAAGACGAGCUAUUGUCAACCAACAAAGAGUGUUUGCUAUUCAAGUGUUCGAGCUCCACAGAUUGAUAAAGGUUGGUAAAGUGGUAUCACUAAUUGAUCGUUUGCUUAAAGUUUGUUGGAAGGCAAGACGAGCUAUUGUCAACCAACAAAGAGUGUUUGCCAUUCAAGUGUUCGAGCUCCACAGAUUGAUAAAGAAACCGAAGCAAUUGUAUCAAAGAAAGCUACGUCAUCCUAUAUUGUUUUUAAUAGUAUGACAUCAAUAUGGGCAUGGGUGAAAAUCUUAGAAAAGUUGUGAUCACAAGUUAACACUUUUGAUGUUCUCUUUUUCAUGUCUUUUUAUCUAACAUUACUUCAAGAAAGCCACCUAUUUGGACGUUAA